AUGAAGAAGAAGAGCAAGAAGAUUUUCAUCAAGAAGAACAGCAAGCCCGGCAAGAGUGGUGGCCCAGUCAUCAAGAAGAAGCCCGGUGCCGGGCCCACGACAUUGAAGGAUGCCGUCGAGGGCAUCAAGAAGUCGUCCAUGGACAAGGACAACAUGUGGGACGACCAGUCGGCCGAAGAGGACAACGGUGCGGGCUCAUCCACGGACUCGAAGAGAGACAAAGGGAAAGCGGAAAAAUUCACGAAGAUGAGGUUGGCAGGGAGUUUACCACCAUAUGUGGUUGACUUGUAUGAUAAUGCUGCCAACCAGAAAGAAUCCCCUCGCCAAUUCCGCACGGAGAUUAUCAACACCUUGUUCAAGAGGAACCCCAAGACCGGGCGGUACAGCUUGAUUGACGACCAGCCGUUAUUCACCGAGGCGAAACGAGUUUGGGAGAAAAAGUUCGGCACCGAUGGCAAGGAGAGCUACACCAAGCUCGUCAUGCGAGGACUUUUCUUCGGAAACUCGGAGUCAGCUGGAGAGGUCACCGAGUUCAAGUCCAAGGACGGAACGUGUUUCUACUCAUUCCGCAAAAUGACAGCUGGUGUUGAAACCGGACAAGAGAGCAGCCUGGGCUACACGAAGCAGGCCAAGGGCACCCAGCAGCAAGCGGACAUGCUGGAGGCAAUGUUCGACAAGCUCGAUUGGAGCAUGCCCUACAAGGGUACCGAUGCCCUGGUGGUUGAGCCUGGCAAGAAGCUGCCGAAGCCCAUGGCGGCCUUCUUGGAGAAGGCGGUGGCCACACAGAUCCGCUUGGGUGGCGAGACCAUGCUUCCUCAGGAGUCGUCGGACGUGUAUGACAAGCUCAAGAAGGCCUACGUUGAGAGCCAGAAGAUGCUCGGCGAAUGCCGCCAUAUCCUGGCCUGGAAGGAGAUGCCUGAUUCGCAACCUGUUUCAAAAGACAAUUUCGACAAGUUCAUGACAUUUGUCGCCAAGCAGACGUUGGCCCACCACGAGUUGCUCGCAAACGGCAAAGCCGUUGUCAAGGAGGAGCGAAAAGACUCCGAGGUGGUAUUCGGCAAAGACUACGAGCAGCUGGAGCUUAUGCAAGAUAUCCACUCAACUUUGCAGGAGCACGGUGAGGAGCCGACCUCAUCCACUUCCCAGUGCCUUCGAGAUAUUACACAACUGGCUAGCAUAGGCUCCUAUGGGAAGUUCAGCAACAAGUGCUACAGCGACCUUAUGAGGCGGGUGGAGCCGAAUAUUGCCGUCGCCGAAACAUACAAAACCAAGCUCCACUUUGCAAACCCCGCAGGUGAACAUACACAAGAGGUAUUGUUACCUCAUGAGCUGUUCGCUUCAAUGUUCGAGCAUGAGAAUGAGGCUUUCUUUCGCAAUGUAGCCAGCGACGAGGGUACACGUACAAAGUUCUGGGAUCGCAUGCGAUCUCACUCCCACCCGGCUUGGGAAAAUCACCCGCUGCUGCAUCGCAACAUCAAAAAGGCGAUUCCUAUUUCGGUUCACGGCGACGAGGUUCCCAUCGCUGGGAUUGGAAAGCAGUGGUCCAAGAAGCUCGUCAACGUGUCAUGGGCAAGCUUGCUGGGCAAGACUGAAACGAAGUCGACACAGUUCUGGUCGAUGGGACUGGUAGAGAAAACCGAUGUUAAGAAUGGCCCGUAUGCCACUAUGCGAAACCUCUGGAAGAUUUUGGCAUGGUCAUUUACUGCUCUCUGGUCUGGGCUAUGGCCGUUGACCGACCACAAGGGCAACAGGUUUCCCGAAGGCUCGAUCCAACUCGAGCGAGCUGGAACACCACUAGCUGGUGGGUUUUUUGGAGUGGUUUGGUCGCUGAUUGGCGAUUUAGAUUAUUUUACACAGUUUCUGCAGCUACCAAACUACAACAACAAGAGCAUGCCGUGCAGCAUGUGCCGGACGACAUUGAGUGGACUUACGACUUGGAGCAACUUUCAGGUUGGGGCUGCAUGGCGAGGAACGAUGUGGCGACCAGAUGCCUGGCAUGCUUGGGCUGGACGAAGCCGCAACCCUAUAUUUUCGAUUCCUGGUGUGUCUGCAUGCAACAUUUGUGCAGACUACAUGCACUGUAAGUUCUUGGGGACGGAUGCCGUCCAAUUCGGAUCUGUGAUGUCUUUCCUUGUCUUCGAGGUCAUGAAUGAAGGAAGUCCAGAAGACAACUUAGCAGCCUGUUGGCGAUUCAUUCGCGAGUAUUAUCGGAUGCAUCAAACAGCUGUGAGGUUCAGAUCGAUGAGCCGUUUAACCAUGUUCGUACGAAAAACCGGUGGGCCAAAGCUCCGAGGAAAAGCAGGCGAACUGCGAUAUUUUGGGGAGGUGCUGUUGGCACUAUGGACAACAUAUUGCAGUAAUGAGCUUGAGCUUCACAAGAAGAUCACACUUCUCUUGAAAAGUAACGUUUUCAUGGAAAGGAAGCUGACGGAGACGAAGGGCCAGACUUCGAUGGAGGACGAGGAUGCUGAUGAGCUUAAUCAAGCAUGCUCCGAUAUGCUGGUACUUCAGAGUGAUCUUGCGAGGCACUUUGCAGAGCACGGCAAACUGUACUUCACUCUAACUUCGAAAGCACACCAGCUACAGCAUGCCUGUCUGCUCGCAUCUGUCUUAAAUCCCAGAACCGUCCCUUGUCGGCAGACGAGCAUCAUAAUAACAAGCAUUGUCACCUUUUUCAAGCAUAAUUACAAUAAGAACGUGUGCUAA